AUGGGCAAGUACACGCAGAAGGACGUCUACCUACCCAUGACCACUCAGUCUGUGUGGAAAAUAGAGGUGUGGGUUGACUCCCAACAGGCUCACGUAUUGCGAGAGAAAUUGGCUGAAUGGCGCGAGAAGAACACUGGCUCAAAAUCUGGUUCAGGUAUGCACAUGGGAGCACAGAGUGAGAGGUCGAACUGGACCGGGCACCUAGGACUCAAUGAGCUUGGUAUCGAGACUAUUUAUCAGUGGCCAUGA